GACCCGGAUGUAGUGUUGCUGGGCGGGUUGACCGGAACAACAAGAUGGCGGGGAAAGAGGAGUUUCAGGUAGGCGAAAAGAAAAACACUAAUGUUGACUGACUUUUAUCAGUAUCGAAACCUAAAAAUAACAGCUGUUAAUGGAUUAACCAUACAACACAUGCACGUUAGGGAUGAAAGAGCAUUGUCAGGUCUUUUGUGAUCCUAUGGUUGAUGUUUUUAGCCGUUUGUUAGCUUUAAGGCUAACAGUUUCUCCUCAGCUAACCGUCACUAACAGGUCUGUGUUUACUCGCUGUAACUAACGUCGACUCCAACCAAGAGUAACUUCAAUAACCAUAUCUUAUUCUUAUAGGAUCUUUGUUACAGUCAUCAGUCACAUCUUUGGUGUGUCGCCCGGCAGAUUUGUAUAGCUGCAGCUGUAUACAACUUCUCUGUGUGUAGUUUUUGUAGUUUCGGGUUAUUUGUAUUUGUUGAAAUGGCGAACAGUGUAAGGAAGGAGUGCCUUUGUUUUCUCAUUGUAUUGUAAUUUUAGAUAUGGCUAGUUGAAGGGUCAGGACAAAGUUUGAAAAGAGAAGCUACUGUGUUGCCGACUGACAUGACUUUAAAUUAGUGGUGCAACGGAUCAUCAUUGAUCCGUGAUCCGUUCGGAUCGACGUGUUCGGUUCGGCACACAUGUGAUCCGCGGAUCGAUUUCUGAAAGCGGAGAAAGGAGGAGCUCGAACGCCCCGCGACACUUAAAUCCCCUGUAUGGGAGCAUUUUGGCUUCCCUGUCAAUUAUGAUGAAGAAGGAAAGAGGUCAGUGUACAAAACUGCGACGGAGUGUAGGCACUGUGGCAUAAGAAAGCCAUAUGACAGUGGAAACACAUCGAGCAUGUUCACGCAUUUGAAGCGACAUCAGCCGGGUGUUUUACUGACAGGUGUUGUGCCGUAGAUUGCACCCCUGCCAUAGAACGCACCCCCUGCAUCCCCUCCACCCGUUAGCUUCUUAAAGUGGAGAUAAUGAUCUCAUAUUUGAUAUGAAUAGCCUGAAUGAAAUUAUUAAAGGCAAACGCUGUUGAAUACAUCCAACGUAAGGAAAACUUGUAUUAUUUCGCCUUGUUAUGUACUUUCAACCGCGCUCCCGUUAGGGGGUGCACUAUACGGCAGGGGUGCAUUCUUUGGCAUAACACCUGAGAUAAAACGAAAGCUGCCCAACAACCGCUCAUCACCGCAGCAUUUAAGCAGCCUCUUCCUGCGCAAUCCGACCAGGCUAAAGCUUUCACAAACUCUAUCGGUGUGUUUAUAGCUGCAGACAUGAGGCCGUAUUCAGUUGUGCAAAACGAGUGCUUUAAAAACAUGCUGAAAGUGCUUGAGCCACGUUACGACAUCCCAUCGCGCACACACUUCAUUUUUGGUUCAUUGUUACAUUUUAAAGGAAGGAGAUAUGCCUGUAUAUUGUACUUUAAGUUGUUUUUCAUUAAUAAUUAUGUUAAAAAGAAGAUAUUAUGCCCUGUGCACUACUUUUAUAUAUUUUAUUUGUCUUGUUUUUUUUUCUUUUUGCUGAUCCGAAAAAUGAUCCGAUCCGUGACUCUUGAUCCGAGGAACGAUCCGAUCCGUGAGUUUUGUGAUCCGUUGCACCACUACUUUAAAUAGCAUGUACCGUCAUUACCACGAUGGUAUUACAGAUUUUUUAGUAUAUUUUUAUAUAUAUAUAUAAAGUUUAUAUACAAGUCAGUAGUAUACACAGUAUAUUUUUGGUAAAUAUACUUGGGUGGCCCAGGUGGCAUUCAUGUAUGUCAUAUACUAGAGCUGUAAAUAUUAAGGCUGGGACGAUAUGCUUUUCUCCCGAUUCGAUUCUUCUACGAUUUUUUGGAUGCAGAUUCGAUUUAAAUUGUGAUUCCACGAUAUUGUCAAUUUUCUCGAUUUUGAAUCUACAUUUUAAAACCAGUGAAACAGUUGAAUGAUUAUGAUUAUCUACUGACUAUUCCAGGAACCGUAUUUCCCCAUAAAAUACACAUCACAUGUCAGUCAGAGUUUAAAAUUUAAGGUCCUUACACUUGGGGCUUAAUCACAGGCAGCCCAGUUUUUGUUUGUCAUGUAUUCUUGUUUCAUUAAGUUUAUUCAACAUCUAUUCUGAUAUUUAAUGACAUUGUUCUGUAAUUGUAAGGUUUUUUGUAAUGUAUCUCUUUUUAUGUAGAAGAAGUUAAUCAUAAAAUUGUUUCUGAUUUUGUACAAUCGAAUUCAUGCUACCUCAAAUCUAUUUUAUUGACAAUUUGAACAGCUUUCACUGUUUACCAAUGUAUUUAUAAGCAAGAUUAUUCUGGGUUUCUGUUUUGAAGACUGUCUAUGUGCUGUAGUGCGUUUAAAGCUGUUAGAUCAGCUUUUUAAUCAUGAACAGGCAAGUCACUGUUUUCUUCUGUUUGGAGAGCUCUAUCUGACCUCUGAUCUCUGUAUACAGGAGUUGGUCCUGUAACACUCUGCAGCCUUUUGACAGAUGAAACAACCGUCUGGUACGACACUAAAUCCCAGCAUGAAUCUCCAGCAGCCCACCCCCCUCAUCCCCCCCGUCCACCCUGAUGUUCAGAUGAAACCCCUCCCCUUCUAUGACGUGCUUGAUGUCCUGAUCAAGCCUUCGAGUUUAGGUCUGUGAUGAUUUCUGUUUCUCUGCUUUAUAUAUGUUUCUUUAGACAUGGAGCUGUAGGUUUUACUUAUAUUCCCAGGGUUUUGGAUAUCCCUUAAUAUUGCUCUUAAUACAGUAGUUGUAUUUGUCAUGAGUGAAAUAUAGUGAGAGGAUGACUUAGACUGUGUUUGUAGUGAGCAGCAUUGAGCUCCAUAGCUGUAUCUAGGAACAGUACACAUCUUGUCAAGAUUGCAAGAGUGUCAGGUUCUAUUACUGCAUUGAAAUCUUGUGGCAGUGUCAAGAUAUGUCUUACUAAAUGCUUUAAAUCAUACUGAUAUCCACGUGUGUCAUGAUUAAUAUUGUUUCAGGAGCAAGUACAGCACAGAGAUACCAUCAAGAAAAAUACUUCAUUUUUGCCUUGACACCACAGCAAGUCAGAGAAGUCUGCAUAUCCAGGUUGGACUGAUUUUACUCAUUUAAUAUAAAAGUGGAUCACAUGUGUCUGUAUUGUUAAGUAUGAAUUAAUGAUCUGUUAUCCUGGGUUUUCACAGAGACUUUUUACCUGGAGGCAGGAGGGACUAUAUGGUUCAGAUUCAGCUGAGGUAAGUUUUCUGACCUUAAAAUUAAAAAAAGCAAUUGUAACAGGUAAAUACUUGUUUCAAUCCUUGUUGGACAUAAGAAAUAUCAUAUUAGGAAAUGAUGAAUGCUGGAUGGCUCUACAAACAAACAUUUAAUUUUAAUGUUGCUCUGAACAUGGCAUCAGAAUAUCCGCCAUGAGUGUUUUCCUGAACAUAGUUUAAGUUUUACAGUAACUCCUCUAUUUAAACUGAUGAGAACAGAUUUUAUUUUAAUGCAUUCAUGUUAACUCUGUUUCUGUGCUGUCCAGGUUUUGUUUGUCAGAAACCAGUUGCCCUCAAGAGGAUAAUUACCCCAACAGUCUCUGUAUAAAAGUCAACGGAAAACUGUUUCCUUUACCUGUAAGUUCUUUAGCCCUGUGAAAAAAUAGUUAAAGUAUUUCACCACACAGAUAUUGAUGGAGCCUGUGACUCCUACAGGGUUACGCACCACCUCCUAAAAAUGGCGUGGAGCAGAAGAGACCGGGUCGGCCUCUGAAUAUCACUUCGCUUGUCAGACUUUCUUCCGCCGUACCGAACCAGAUCUCUGUCACAUGGGCUCCAGAAGUUGGAAAAGUAAGGAGAAACCGUACAUAGAAAUAACUCUUGUUUUAUAUUUACAUGAAUAGAAGCAAUGACCUUCCCUUGAAUCUGUCUUUGCAGACAUACUCCAUGUCAGUGUACCUGGUGAGGCAGCUGACGUCUCCUCUGCUCCUACAGAGACUGAGGAUGAAGGGCAUCAGGAAUCCUGACCACUCUAGAGCUCUCAGUAAAUACACAACACUCUUACUGCACAACCCUGUGGCUAAACAACAUCAAACUGUGACCACAAACUGCACCUACGCAUUAAGGCCCUCUUUGGACCCAGCACAAUCGCUGAAUCUGGGUGAUGGGUUCUCAAGUGAAAUGCCUAAACUUGAGUUGUAAAUGUGCAUCAGUGCAUGCUGAGAUCCAAUCCUUCAGGUUUUCAAGGAGGCAUUUAUCCACAUAAGUCUGACAGUUUAUACUCUUAUAUGUGCGAUUUUGACACCAUGCAGUGACUUCCACUGCAGAGUCAUGUCUGUUGAAUCUUUUCAUCAUGUAAUGUACCACAGAUGAUGAAGUCCCCAAAUCAUUUGACAUUUUAUUCUUGGGAACAUUAUUCUGAACAUGUUCAGCUUUUUGCUCAUUCAGUGUCUCACAGAUUGACCUCUCUCAUCUUUGCUCUUGUAAACUGAGUCGUGUGACUAACUUUGCUCUUUGUAUUUGCAGUCAAAGAGAAGCUGACAGCAGAUCCAGACAGCGAGAUUGCUACGACCAGCCUGAGAGUCUCACUUAUGUGUCCGGUAAGACAAAAAAGAAAUAAAACAGAUGUGUAGUUUAUUUUUCAGAUAUUGACUUUGAACCUGAGCUGGGAGUAACAAAGCAUGGAGCACUGUAUGUUAAUGUGGUGUGAAGUGGGUGGAUAUAUUGGUGUUCAUGACUUUUAGUGCUACUGUUUGUUUUUCAAAUUGACCACAGGGGGGCACCAAAGUUGGAAAUUUUAACCACCAUGGGCUCUGUAACAGAUGGCUGAAUUUCUAAUCCUCAUACAGCUCUUUGUCUGAAAUAAAUCAUGUGACAUGUUCCACCCUAAGUCAUGUGUGUCCGUCUUGUGUCCUUGGUACGGUCUUACCUGGGUGUGUGUCGUGUCUUGCAGUUGGGGAAGAUGAGGCUGACAGUACCAUGCCGGGCGGUCACCUGCUCUCACCUGCAGUGUUUCGACGCCGCGCUCUACCUGCAGAUGAAUGAGAAGAAACCCACCUGGAUCUGUCCUGUGUGUGAUAAGAAAGCGGCGUAUGAGAGCCUCAUCAUUGACGGGUCAGUUCCUCAUUCACACACACAAAAAAUGACCUCACUGAUGAACCUUAACAUCGAGUGAGUCUCAGGCCUUUUAUUUCUGAAUCAGAAAUACAUUAUAAAUGCUGGAGGAAAUUCAGCCGACACAUACACAGUAUAGAUGUAAGAAAAUAAAUAUUUAAAAUAGAAAUAAAACAGAAAAUGAACAAGGAAUGAUAGAUUGGAACAAGUACUCAUUCUGUACUACUGUAGAAAUAUGGAGCAAGUUAGCGGCCUCUAUGGAAAGGGAUUUAAUCUUAUGUAAAAGUAAAGGUCUCAUUCUAAAUCGACAAAAGUAAAAAGAUUACACUAAUUUAAACAUGCUUAUGAUGAAUAUUAUAUCCCAUUUCUACCGAGUUUGAUGGGAAAAUGCCCAAAAUGCUACUAAAUAGUGUACGCUGUACCUUUAAAUCUGAUCUAUGACCAAGAACUUUUGGAGCUUUAUUCACACUGCAGAAUAAAGUUUCCAGCUAAAGUCUCCAAUGGUCAUGAGUCUGUCAGCAUCUUCUUAGUCAACCUGUGUUAGAUCAGAUCGUUCAUGUUGUCUUGCUCUCUUGUUCAGUUUGUUCUUGGAGAUCUUGAACGACUGCUCAGACGUCGACGAAAUCAAGUUCCAGGAGGACGGGACUUGGUGUCCCAUGAGACCAAAGAAAGAGGCCGUGAAGGUGUCCUCUCAGUCCAUCCCAAAAAUAGAGAGUAAGUGCAUCUUUUGAAAUGUUCUAUCAUUUGUUUAUAAGCACAUACAGUUCACGAAACCAGAGCUUGACUCAAAUUGAGCAGGUUUCUUUUCUUUGGUUUAAGUCAAAAAAUUUUGUCAACAUGUGUCCCUUUACAUUUCAGAAGCACUCACCUCUGCUGUAUAUUCAGUGUAUGUGAAGUAUGACUGUCUGUACAUGAUCGUCUUGUCCCUAUCUAAGUAAACAACAGAAACUAGACCAAUCAGAUGAGAGGGAACACCAGGAGCAAAAGGCACGAGAAAAAAGCAGUGAUUUUAGACCACUCUUGAAAGAACUUCAAGUUUCUGCAAAUCAAGGGGUCACUCUUUCCACAGCACAGCACUAUAGAGACUGAAUGAACCUUUACCUUUUUUGUUUUAACCUGAGGUACAGUCAGGAGGCCCAUACCUGAUGAUUUGAGGGAUCUGAUUGGAUUAGAGUUGACCAUCUAACAAUUUCAGAAUAACAGCAGCUCAGUGCUCGAUCUGUUUCCUCUCAGUGUCUCCUCCUGUGCGUCAGUCCUCCGUAAUCCCUCCCCCGGCUGAGCCCAGCUCCACCAAAAAGACUGACGUGAUCGACCUGACCCAGGAGAGCGACUCCUCUUCCGACGAUGAGGAGGAGUCAGACCCCCCGCUGAAGAAACGCUGCAUUUACAUCUCCAAGACUGAGGAAAUACCCACCAAGGGGUGAGUGAUCAACAGACUCUGUAGUUUUAAAUUAUAAUCCACAGAUCUGUGUGUGGUUUUCACCUCAGUGUUUCAUGUCUCCCUCAGAGUGCUGACCUAUCAGCCCACAGUACGUGUCCCAAAUGUCCAGGCGCUGGACCCGACCUACCUGACAUCGACGCUCGCUGACUACGCAGUCCCCUUCCAUCCAUCCACGCUGGCUACCAUCCCCACAGACAUGCAGAGUGAGUCAGCUCAUACAAUGUGUGUUUACACGGUGUUUGUCACUGUGUGGUGCUGUUAUAAUGUGUUUCCUGUGUCUUCUAUCUGCAGGUCUGGAUUUGUUUUCGCUAAUUCAGGCAGAUCCACAGGUAAGACAUCAUUUAUACAUCAUUGUAUCAGGCUGACGAUAGCAGCUUGUACAGACUUAAACCGACAGAAAACUGAUCCUAAUCUCGGUUCCGCUCCUGGUCUUGUUCCUCCCUCAGCACUACCGGCCUCAGAUGUUCCUGGAUAACCUGACGAGCAGUAUGCAGAGUGCCGCCAGCACCAGUUCUGCACUGGUCUCAUCCUCCAGCGGGCAUUAUGAGUCCAGCUCCCACUCUGGCCCCUCCCUGCACGAAACACGGGUCAUCACAGGGGGAGGGGGGACGUCAGGGGGAGCGACGGACAACAGCAUUUCAGAUAUCAUCUCAUUAGACUGAACCACAGCUCAGUGGAUCCUCUCCAGACUAAACCUGCAGGAUGGGAGGAGGCUCACAGAUCGGAACGGCGAAGCUCUGGGAUGGAUGAUGUCCUCUUGAUAUACUUUCUGCUGUGACAGGAAGACACAUGGUUUAAAGAGUCAAGAAAGUGUUCCUCUAACCUCUACUGGUUCGCAGCAGCAGCUCACAGACCUCAACUCUGACUCAUGCUGAGAACUCACCACUGUCAGCCCUUCAUUCGUUUUUUGUUUUUUACAAAAUCCAGAUCAGCCAUCAGUCACGAGAACUUACAGAAUCAUCGUUACCUGAAAACAUCGACUCUAGGAUGCUGUUUGGCAGGAGGAGGGAUAUGUUCACCUCUCCUCUCUGAACUCUGCAGAGGUUCUCCAUCAAGACUAUAAACACCUGAACCUUUUCUUUUUCACCUGUGAUUGAAUAAUGAAACAACAAACUCUGUUUUUAUACCAGUUUUGUGUGCUCACACCUGCAGACCUGAGCUGACGAUCAGACGCUCAGAGUUCCACACAAAAUCAUGUCAGUGGAUGGUUUGAAGGCAGGACCUAGCCCCUUAGACUGAUAUCAUCCAGCGGAGGACUCUGACCUGCCCUGUAUUUCUGUUUCUGUCUCUCUUUGUUUGCCCUUCAAGGCCACACUCGGCUUCUCAAACACUAAAGAAACAGGUCAGAGCUGACGAUGGGCUCCUAACUGUUACCAGGACGAUUCAAGUUCACACCAACCCUUUCAUGCUCUUUUGUAAUGUAGUCAAAGCAAUAAUGUUUCAGCAAGUGUUGUUUUAAAAUUAAACUGUUAAUGUAGUUCAGAUGUUCGAGUGAUCACAGAAUCCUCCCCUGUGAUUGGUCGAAGCUAACAGGAUGUUUUUUUCCUCCACUAAGACAGCAGUUUUUACCGCUAACAGGGUGGAGGAAAAAAAAUAAAGUCUGGUCGACCAGCAGAGGGCGCUUCUCUGGAUUCUGAGAUCACGUGACUAGUUUAGUUUAAACUCCAGACUCAUUCACCCCACCCAAAACUUGACCUUUAGUUUGAAGUAUCUCGAACCUCUCUGCUGGGUCUUGGCCCUGAGGAGGACAUCAGCGAUGCUCAGAGUUCACACCCGCAGCCUCUCAUAGUAAUGGGAAGUGACUAACAGGGCAGCUACCGUUUCACACAUUCACACUCGUAAUCUGAUCACUUCAUGUGUGUAUGUGUCCAUCAGAGCUUCAUCUCAGGGACACACACACUCGACUGAGCCUGAUGGGCACAAAAGCACACAAAACCCACACAUGCACCCACCCACACACACUGGAGGUAUUGGUUUCAUACAGACGUGAUGCAAACAGAUGUUUACAUGUUGGAUCUUGUGGAGACGAUUUUGCGUUUCUGUUCGCAGGUUUUCAGGUUUCAGUCUCAUUGAAAAAGAACAUGUUUUUUUAUCUAGAUUGGCAAAAUGGGAAGUUUGUCGUCUAAGUUGUGAAAAAUGCUUUACUAAAUUUCCAGGGGUCCUAAAAUUUGAAGCGCUUCUUUUGUCAAACAGUCUUGGUUCACUGUCAGAUUUGAGUAGAUUAAAACAUAUUUCAUGUUUGCAUCAAGACUUACAAAAAAUAUUUUCACACAAUUCAUAAAAGUUGAGUGUGAUAAGUGUUGAUUUCACAAAUCAUUUUAAGUCUACAUGUAAUUGGAAAUAGUGCAAGAGCAAAGUUGUGAAAACUGAAAAUAUAUCCUCAUCUUAAAUUUGAUGCCACCAGUGCUUAUUUAAAAAAUGCAGACAUCAAAUUCAAAAUGAGCAUUUUCUCUCAUUUUUGAGUUUUAACAUCUGAUAUUUUGUCUUAGUGGUAUUUUCAAUCAUAAACAUGGGUUUACAAUGAUUGGCAAAACUUUUAAAAUCUUAUUUUAUUAAAAUUUUAUACAUUUCCAAUUGGAGUUGUAUAUUAACUGAGAUAAAAGUUUAAUGACACUGUCCAAGUGUUUGUGCUGAACAACAUAAAGCUGUUAAACAUGCAAAAGGAAACUCCCCCAUAUGCUGAAUCUGUAAGACGCGGACUUGUGUGAUGAUUGAGUUAUUUGCAACUUUCCUUUGAAAAUGUCCUCCAUUGCAGCUCUGAUCUAGAGUGAACAUUGUCAAAAAAAACUUGUAAUUUUUUGUGUUUUGUGACUGAAAUCUUAAAACCAAAAUCCCCCUGCAGAACAGGUUCUUUUACAGAUGCAGAAAACAUGCUUUUGUCUUCUGGUGAUUUAUCUAUUUGCUGAGUAAAAUCAUGAAACAUCCACCACACACACACACAAACACACACACACUUCACAGAACAUAACACUCAGUGCCACCCAUCAGAGUGUGUUAAGUGACUGUAUAUGUUCUGAAAACCUGUCCUGCUUUUAUAUAUUUUGUAUUCUUCAGACUUCAUUCAAACAACAGAUUACUCUUUUUUUUCUGUGACUCCAUGGUGACUAAAAAAAAUGGUCUGUGUUUUUUUGUUUCUGUAAACUUUCAGCAUUUUUAGUCCUGGUUCCAUGUGUCUUUUUUUUUUUACCAUUAAAACUUUUCCUUUUUUAUUCUAUUUAAA